AUGGCGUCACUAGGUCACCUGCGCCGCGCGCUUAUCUUUUCCGCCGCUUUCACGCUUCUCCUUCCACCCACCGCCGCAACCACUCAAUCCUACGCCAUUGCCCGGGACAAGAACCUACGCGGAGGAGCCGUUGAGCAUAGCAGCACACCAGACUCUCCAGACGGCUUCGGCCAUGCAUCGUCAGAUUCAGAUGAUAGCUACAGCUCGGGGUCUCCUGGUGCGGAAACUGCGGAGGUGAAGGCGGCGAAGAGAGUUUCUGCAGCGGAUGCGGAGGCGGCGGAGGCGCUAGCGGCCUACGAAGAGGCGAAGCGCGCCCUCGCGUCGCAGAAGAUCGAGCAGGAGGAGAUGCGUAUCCGGGCGCUCGAGACGCGGCAGCAGCAGCGCGACGCAGCGCGCGAGCAGGCGGAGCUGGACGCGGCAGCCGCGGCGGCGGAAGCGGAGCUUCAAUCCGCGGAAAUCGCUCUCAAAGAAGCGCGGCAGGAGCGCGGCGUCGUCAACGCCUCGGCGGAGGCCGCCAGCGCGGUUGACAGAGCGGCGCAGCGGAAGGAUCAGGCGGCACGGAAGCUCUCCGCUGCGAGCGCCGAGGCGCGCGGGAACCGGCCGUACCUGCAGGAGAUGGAGGCGAACGUGCGGGACUUCGAGGGCGCGUUCGUCAUGGCGGCGCGAGAGGCGGGAAUGGCGGCGGAGAGGGUAAAGGCGCUCCGGGCGGAGAUGAUCGAGAAAAUGGAGAGGGCGGCGGAGGCGCAAUCUGCCUGCGUUUGGGAGUCUCCCUUCUCAUCAGCGGCGGAUGCGGAGUUUGUAGCCUUAGGUGCAUCUCGCAGGGAAUGGGCUGUCUAA